AUGACAGUGUCGCAUGAGAGCGUCGGUCACAAUAAGGCGCAGACAACCACUGUCAUCCCUACCGAGGAUUACCUCAAGUCCUUAAAUAUUCCUCCUAUUCGUUUUGACUUCAAUGAGGAUCAACUGCGUAUACAUGUUAUAUGUACGAUGCUGUGUUGUCCACGGCAAAUGGAUAACGGCGGAAAUAUCAACGGCGAGUCAGUGGAUAGGAAUAUUAGGGAGAUUUUUGGUGGCUGCUUAGAUUCAAAAACCAUUGGGUGGGCAGUCACGAACAAUGACGCAGUGGAGGCAGAAAAAUUCGCAAAGAACCCGGUACGCCUUUUUCAACAUCCGAAAUUUGCUAACAUCGUUAAGAUGGACGAGAGUUGUUUAAAAUUCCGUCCAGUACUUCCGGAUGCUCUAAAAUUUCUGUGUGGAAGGAUUCAUCGUGGUGUUCAGUGCAACAGAGCGCGGAAAAUUACGAAGGGAUUGAGCGAAGCAGUUUUCUACGGCAUUGACUAUGAUAACAGCUCGAGUUUGCUUAUGGUGGGAAUCAAUGAAAACGCAAGACCUUACUCAGAGAAAGAGUUGAUGACGGCUGCUAAAGCUUGUGAAGCUUCAACAUCAAUUCCAGCUCCUUUGUCUGAUGUGACUUCUUUAUACCAAAAUACUUCUCGGUCGCCACUUUUCAACGUCAUGAGUGGAGGAAGAAAGUUGAACAAAAGAAGAAAGUGGGAGAAAAACAAUUCAGAAGAGCCAUCCCACGUCGCACUUUUCUCGUCUGAGGACGACUGCGAUAGUGAAAAUGGUUCGGAGGAGCCUAGGAAUCUAACUGGUGUCUAUACUACGGAUGAAGAGAAUGAUCUGGUAUGCGUUCACUACUUUGAUAUGGAAUUGAUGUCAUUUCUUCUUUCAGGCAUCAGUUGA